AUGUCUUGCCGUUCCAUCCAGCUGGGCUCCAGAUGCGGCAGCCGGGGCUUUAGCUCCUGCUCAGCCAUCGUGCCCCGGCUGGUCACUCACUACGCAGUGAGCAGCGGCUCGUGCCGGUACGGGGGUACCGGGGGUCUCCGCACCCUGUGCUACCCCAGCUCACGGAGCCUGUGCAAUGUGGGCUUCGGGAGGCCCCGGGUGGCCUCCAGGUGUGGUCUGCCUGCCUUCGGGUACCGAACGGGAGGCCCCUGCGGGUCUCCUGCCUCCAUUGCCCCUGUCACCAUCAACGAGAACCUGCUGGUGCCGCUGGCGCUGAAAAUCGACCCGACCGUGCAGAAGGUGAAGAGGGAUGAGAAGGAGCAGAUCAAGGGCCUCAACAACCGCUUUGCUUCCUUCAUCAACAAGGUGCGCUUCCUGGAGCAGAAGAACAAGCUGCUGGAGACCAAGUGGAACUUCAUGCAGCAACAGAGGUGCUGCCAGAACAACAUCCAGCCCCUCUUCGACGCCUACAUCAACAGCCUGCGCAGGCAGCUGGACGCCGUGUCCGGGGAGCGCGGGCGGCUGGAGGCGGAGCUCUGCAGCUUCCAGGACACGCUGGAGGCCUACAAGAAAAAGUAUGAAGAGGAGGUCUCCCUGCGGGCCAGUAUUGAGAAUGAGUUUGUCACCCUGAAGAAGGAGGUAGACACUGUCUUCCUGGUGAAGGCUGAUCUGGAGACCAACCUGGAGGCCCUCGUGCAGGAAAUCAACUUCCUGAAAAACUUGCACGAGGAGGAGAUCCAGCUGCUGCAGUCUCAAAUUUCUGAGACCUCGGUCAUCGUGAAGAUGGACAACAGCCGGGACCUGGAUGUAAAUGACAUCAUUACCGAGAUCAAGUCCCAGUAUGAUGACAUCGUGAGCCACAGCAAGGCCGAGGCUGAGGCCUGGUACCAGUCCCGGUACGAGGAGAUGCGGCUGACGGCCGGAAACCACUUCAACAACCUCCGUAGCCUCAAGAAUGAGAUCCUGGAGUUGAACAGGGUAAUCCAACAGCUGCAGCAAGAGGUAGAGAACACCAAAUCGCAGCGUGCCAAGCUGGAGGAGGCCGUGGCCCAGGCGGAGCAGCAGGGCGAAGGGGCCCUGAAUGACGCCAGGGGCAAGCUGGCGGGGCUGGAGGCCGCCCUGCAGAAGGCCAAGCAGGACAUGGCGUGCCUGGUCAAGGAGUACCAGGAGGUGAUGAACUCCAAGCUGGGCCUGGACAUCGAGAUCGCCACCUACCGCCGCCUGCUGGAGGGCGAGGAGAACAGGUGA